GAGAGAAAAAUGAGUGAGAAAGGAAAGGAGAUGGUAGUAUUUGAGAAGGAAAUGAAAAAAGGAAAAAUGAGGGAGAAAGGGAAGGGGAUAGAGGGGGAUGAGAGGGAGAUGGUGGAUCACUGGAGCCACGAGCAUCCACUUACUUUGGUGGAUACUCGCGAAAGAGAAUACUGUUAUGGUUGUGAAUUGAGGUUUGGUAGCGGAGAGAAAGCUUAUGGAUGCAGCAUGAAGGUAUGCAGGUAUGCAAAGCUAUUACACGAAGAAUGUGCAGCGAUGGCGAGAGAGAUACGGCAUCCAUUGCACCACCUUCACCCUCAGGCUCAGCACAUCCUCAUCCAACAGCACCAGCCCCACUUUGACAUAUGUGACAUCUGUCAACAGACUAUUCGGUCCAUUGUCUACAGAUGUAGCUUCCGUGGUUAUGGUGAUGAGCAAAUGGCCAACAUCGAUAUCAUACAGCAUCAUCCAAGUCAUCCCGACCAUGAGUUGAAGUUGUUGCAGAGAAGGUCUAUCUUUGAGUGCAAUGCUUGCAACACCAUACACAGCGGGAGUUGGUACAUGUGCACCACAGAUGGCUGUGGAUAUCGGAUCCACCGGAGAUGUGCUUCCUUGCCUCAAACUAUCAAAAGGGAGGACCAUCCUCACUCUCUUUUUCUCUCUUAUCAUGUCCCACUAGAGUAUAGAUAUAGAGGUAUCAGAUAUGAGUACAAAUGUAAUGUUUGCAGCACGAGUUUUCUACCCGAGUGUUGGAUAUAUCAUUGCCAAAUCUGCAUGUAUAUCGUCCACAUCACGUGUGCCUUCAAGGAGCCACUAUGCGGGUUCAACAUACACCUGAGAUGCGCACAAGGGGGUGGCGUGAUUGAUGAUGAGGAUCAAAGGCGCAGCGUCAUUCAUCAUCCAAGCCAUCCCGGCCAUGAAUUGAAGUUGUUGAGGAGAGAAUGUUCCUUCAAGUGCGAUGCUUGCAGAAUCAAAGGGAGUUCGAGUUCAUCCUACACAUGCACCAAUGAUGAUUGCCAGUAUUGGAUCCAUGAAAAAUGUGCUACUUUGCCUCAAAGCUUCAAAAGGGAAGACCACCAUCACUCUCUCUCUUUAUCAUUUGAAGUCCCUUUUGAAUAUCUCAAAUUCAACUACAAAUGUGAUGUGUGCAACACAAUUUUGGUAGUCAAUUAUUGGAUAUAUCAUUGCCAAAUCUGCAGAUUUAUUGUCCACGUCAAAUGCGCCUUCAACAAGCCGCCUCCUCGCAUCACUCUUGAUAUUGGGAGAGUCAUAAUCCGUCUUCCCACAAGUGAGGUGGCUGAGGAGCUAAUUACACCUUUUGUGAUGAGAGAAAAAGGAACAUUCAUGCCUAAUGAUGAUGGCGAUGAGUCGGUGAAUGUGAGAUACUAUAAGUUCAUUCAUCACCAACAUCAACUCACUUUAGUCUCAUCUGGCGAUCGAAGCCAAGAAGAAGAAGAAGAAGAAGACGAGGAGAAUUAUGGAGUGAGAUGGGAAUUGAUAUGUGAUGGGUGCAUCACUCCUAUAUCAUCAUCAUACUACUAUAUGAGUUGCGGUGAAUGCAGAUACAAUCUGCACAUAGCCUGCUUUAACUUACCACCUCAACUCUCCUCUCUCCCACCCCACCACCAACGUGAUGAUCACCACCUACUCCUCCAAUCUUGUGACAAACUACUUCAACCUUGGAAUCGGCAAUAUUGCAGUGUCUGUUACUAUGAUAUAAAUGGGUUGUUUUACGGUUGUGGAGAGUGUGGCUUCAAAGUAGAUAUCAAGUGCGCUUGUAUGCCGUAUACCAUACUUCACGCAGCUCACCCGCAACAUCUCCUCAAUCAUGUAGCUCGGGAUGACCUAUGGAGUGAUCGUGACAACUCACUACGCUUGUUGUGUGCUAGUUGCGAUGCGUAUGCAUUUUAUUAUGAUUGUUACAGGUGCUGCAACAGCUCAUGUGAUUUCAUUGUGCACCUUAGAUGCGCUUUGCUGCCGGCAUCAGUCAGCAGCCGUAGAUGGGACAGCCGCCACCCGCUGCUGUUGAUGUACGACGCCACUCUCAACCGUCCUGGAGAUUUCUACUGCGAUCAAUGCGAAACACAAAUGAAUCCCAGGAGUUGGAUGUAUCGCUGCCGCGCCUGCGAUGUAUCCUUUCAUCCUAAAUGCUUUCCAACUACAUCCGGAGGGUAUAGAAACAUCAAGUUGGGGCAGGAAUGCCAUGUGAAUGCAGAAACCCAUCCACACACUCUCACCUUUCAACUUCUCACCACAAAACGCCGCUGCGACAUUUGCCGUUCCGAUAAGUAUGAACAGCAAGGAUUUUACUGUGCAUUAUGCAACUUCUUCAUUUGUCUCUACUGGUGCGGUAAAAAUAUGAUCGCAAAAGGGGACUUGAAGGCAGUUGAUUUAGAGAAAUUAUCUGUUUUAGAUCAUUAGUUCGUUCAUUACUAUGUAUUCUUAUGUUUGUGGUGUGUUAUGUUUAAUUCAAUACAAGUACUACUAUCGUACUAUUUGUUUUACAUUAAAUAUGAAUGUGAAGGA